GUCCAGUCCAUGAUGCGGUUGUGAUUUGAUCGCUCGAGUUCAGUAGUGCGAAAGAUUUGAACCUCCCCGAUGGUGCUGAUGAUCAAGGCUGUGACACUGACAAGAUAGGAGCACUAGUGUCUAGUGGUAUAUGGCACUUGAAAAAUCACUUGGAUGGAUUUGGUGAGACGUAUACGUGUGAAAAGCAAAGCAGCACACACUCUCACCGAGUCCAUGGCCUUGCUUUUUUGCUUUCAAGUUGCCUUGCGCCCUUUUUAUACCGCUGGUGGAUGGGGCACGGUCAGUCUGCGAAGCGCUGUGGGCAGCAAUGGAGGGGCUGAUACCGCUGGUGUACAGAGCAGUGGCGGAGUACAGGAAGAGGAGGCAGCAGCAGCAGCUGCUCGCUCUGGGUCUGGGCAGCAGCUGCCUCCAGCGCUACAACGACCAGCCACCGUCGCGUGCGCUGCUGUUCUGCGACUCCGCCAUGUCGCCGGCAAGGGCACUCAUGUCGCCGCUACUCCGCUCACCGCCGUCGCGGCGCCACUGCGCUGCGCAGGUUAGAGUCGUGGUCAUGGCCAAGGAGAAUUAAGCGUGUGUGUGUGUGUGUGUGUGUAUGUACAUGUAGUGCGUGUGUGUGGGGAUCAAAUAAGGGGCGUGAAUGAUCAGAGGGUGGUCCAAAGGAGCACCUCAACUGACAGAGCAAAGUUGCAAGAACGCAUGAUGGACCUGUAUGCGCAUCAGCAUCAGCUUGUACAAGCCCAACUGAACAUGUUCAAAUUAAGCAGAACGAACGUGCUUACUCGUUUGGCGAGUGGGCGACAUGAUGGAUUGUGUUUUUCAUUUUAUGUAUAAUGCGGUGUUUUGGUGGGCAUUUCACGGUCUGAUUUUGUGUUAUUUGCUAAUCAAGAUAUGGUGAAAUGUUC